AAGUUCUAUAACAUUAAAAGCGUCUGUACUGCCAGCGCAGGUAGAAGAAGAGCUUCUCACAGUUACUCAUUUGGAGCUGCCAUGGAGGUGAACGGCACAGCCGACAUUCUGUCUUCGGCAUUUCUGGCGGUGGAAUAUGUGGAUUCAUUUCUUCCAGGAAAUCCGCUGCAGGAACCUCUGAAGCAAGCAUGGAAUCACAUGCUGCAGAACUACAGCAAGUUCCAGAUCGCCACCUGGGGCUCGCUCAUCGUCCAUGAACUGAUCUAUUUCCUGUUCUGUCUGCCUGGAUUCAUCUUCCAGUUCCUCCCUUUCAUGCAGAAGUAUAAGAUCCAACCGGAUAAACCAGAGACAUGGGAGAAACAGUGGAAGUGCUGUAAGAUGCUGCUGUUUAAUCACUUCUGUAUCCAGCUACCGCUCAUCUGCGGGACAUAUUACUUCACUGAGUUCUUCAGCAUCCCGUAUGACUGGGACUCCAUGCCUCGCUGGUCUUUUAUAUUGGCCCAGUGCUUUGGUUGUGCAGUGAUUGAGGACACAUGGCAUUACUUCCUCCACCGAGCCCUACAUCAUCGCAGAAUCUACAAGUACAUUCAUAAAGUCCAUCAUGACUUCACUGCUCCAUUUGGCAUGCAGGCAGAAUAUGCCCACCCUGCUGAGACUGUGAUUCUGGGGGCUGGAUUCUUCAUUGGCAUCAUGGUCAUCUGCAAUCAUAUGAUUUUGCUCUGGGCCUGGGUCACUUUCCGGCUGCUUGAAACCAUUGAUGUUCACAGUGGUUACGACAUUCCCCUGAACCCCCUACAUUUGAUUCCAUUCUACGCUGGAGCUCGUUUCCAUGACUUCCACCACAUGAAUUUUGUGGGCAACUAUGGAUCCACAUUCACCUGGUGGGACAGACUUUUCAACACUGAUUCGCAGUUUAAGAAACAUUACACACAAGAUAAAGCUGUGAAGAGCGACUGAUUGACAGAGAUACACUCACUCGUGUACACCGAUGCCUCACCAUCACCCAGAACAAUCUGUCUCUCAUGGACUCCUGUGUGGGCUUUGGUUGGUCUGAUGCUUUUGCAUUGUCUUCCACUGCACUCGCUCACUGUAAAGUAUUUAAAAUCAGACUGACUGGAUUCGAAUCAAUGCCAGCUUCUUACAGCAAUGU